AAUUAUUCUAAAAUAAUAAAUUUAUGCUUGUUGUAUUCAUAAUAUGCUGACAUCAGUAAAAAAUGACAAAUAUAUACUCAAAAAUAAGAUCGGUGAAGGAGCAUUUUCAGAAGUCUUUAAAGCGAAGAAAGAUCCAACACGAGAAUUAGUUGCAGCAAAGCGAUUGACAAGAUAUUUUGUAAACAUUGAAGAGGUAGAAGACUAUACUGAAUUGAAAGUGCUAAGAAAACUUACAUCUCAUGACAACGUGGCUACGAUCAUCGAUUAUAUAUUUCAAGAUAAUUGUUUAAUAUUAUUAUUUGAAUUGAUGGAUUUUUCACUCUACGACUUUAUCAAAGAUCGUAAAAAGAAGUUAUCAGAAACACGUUGUAAGAACUAUUUGUUUCAACUUGGUCAAGGAUUGAUGUACCUUCAUACUAAUGAAAUAUUUCAUCGAGACCUGAAGCCUGAAAAUUGUCUUUUACGAAUUAAUCCAGAACUGUUAAAAUCAAAUCCAACGCAAGCAGAAAUAAUUCAAAUUGCUGAUCUUGGUUCUGCUACAUUUACACAGUAUCCAUUUCCACGUUCUCCAUACAUAUCAACAAGAUGGUAUCGUUCACCGGAAAUUAUAUUAGCACCUGGAUAUUAUGGACCAAAGAUGGAUAUAUGGGCACUCGGUUGUGUCUUUUAUGAAAUGCUUACUUUUCAUCCACUCUUUCCUGGCAUUAAUGAUUCGGAUCAGCUUGAAAAAAUUCAUCGUAUUCUCGGGAAGCCAAGUAAAUACAUGCUGACAAGGUUCAAAAAAAUGAAUUAUGAAUGUGAUUUUGAAGAUAAAAGACCAGUCGAUUUAUACAAAAUUUUGCCAAUGUUAAGCACAAAUGGAAUUGAAAUUCUAAAGAGAACUCUUGCUUAUCAUCCAGAUAAUCGAAUAACAGCAAAGAAACUACUCGAGCAUGUCUAUUUUGAUGACUUAAGGAACAGAUUUGAGAAAAAACUUUCAUUAAAAGGGAUGCUCUGCACAAAAUCGGACACAACGUCAACAGCAAAAUCGAAAAAACUGAAAUCUAGCUUCAGUAAUGUCAGUUCGAUUAGUGGCUUUGAUAUAGUUCAGCAACAACUUUCAAAAUAUGAGCUCGAACGUAAUUGGAAUAAUCCAAAAGGAUCAUUUAAGAAGAGUUUUAUUAAAAAUUUCGAAUCGUCAAUCGUUGGUUCAGAUUGAACAUAAAUCACAUUGUUCUUUCAUUGCUGUUUACUGAAAAUUUAUAUUAAAGUGAAUUUGAAAAGGAAUUCUGUUGUGUUUGUGGAUAUAAAGUUAUUUGCUUUGAUAA